GCUGCGAACCUGAGCAUGGGGUUUUGGGGUACCCAGGGUGCUGAGGAGUAUAGGUGGGAGUAAUGGGAUGCCCAGGGUGCUGGAGGUGGGGGUGCAGACGGGUGGCCAGGUCCCGGGAUGCUGGGUGUUCUGGAUGCCCAUGGUUCUGGGGCUCUGAUGUCCGGGGGAUCCCAACCUGGUGCUGGGGGUGUUCAGGGGUGCCCCAUCCCUCAUCCCCCGUGGCUCAGCAACUCCCCCAUGGCACAGUGCCUGCUGCCGUCCCUGUGUGCUGCCAUGGCCGGGGCGCAGGGCUGCAGCGAGGGGCAGAUCGCGGGGCUGUACGACCUGGGGCGCACGCUGGGCACGGGCCAUUUCGCGGUGGUGAAGGCGGCGCGGCACGUCUUCACCGGGCAGCGUGUGGCCGUCAAGGUGAUCGACAAGAGCAAGCUGGCGGGGGGCGCAGCGGGGCAGCUCCUGCAGGAGGUGCGCUGCAUGAAGCUGGUGCAGCACCCCAACGUGGUGCGCCUCUACGAGGUCAUUGACACGCACGCCAAGCUGUACCUCAUCCUGGAGCUGGGCGACGGUGGGGACAUGUUCGACCACAUCAUGCGGCACGAGGGCGGGCUGCCCGAGGCGCGGGCCAAGCACUACUUCGCCCAGAUUGUCCACGCCAUCUCCUACUGCCACAAGCUCCACGUGGUGCACCGCGACCUCAAGCCCGAGAACGUGGUCUUCUUCCAGGAGCAAGGUGUGGUGAAGCUCACUGACUUCGGCUUCAGCAACCGCUUCCAGCCCGGCAAGAUGCUCACCACCAGCUGCGGCUCACUGGCGUACUCGGCGCCCGAGAUCCUGCUCGGGGAUGAGUACGAUGCCCCGGCUGUCGACAUCUGGAGCCUGGGGGUCAUCCUCUACAUGCUGGUCUGCGGCCACCCCCCCUUCCAGGAGGCCAACGACAGCGAGACCCUCACCAUGAUCAUGGACUGCCGAUACACUGUCCCUGCGCACGUCUCGGCUCAGUGUGCUGACCUCAUCUCCAGGAUGCUACAGCGGGACCCCAAGUGCCGAGCGUCGCUGGAGCAGAUCGAGGGCCACCCGUGGCUGCAGGGGGUGGACCCGUCCCCUGCCAGCCGCUGCCUGCUGCCCCUCACCUCGCACAAGCGCGUGUCACAGGAGGAGCACGAAAUCAUCCUCCGGGCCAUGAUGUGUGGGAACAUCGCGGACAGGGACACCAUCCAGGAGGCGCUGGAAGCCAACCGGUACAACCACAUCACGGCCACCUAUUUCCUGCUAGCGGAGAGGAUGCUGCGGGAGAAGCAGGAGAAGCAGAGUCGCAGUCUCAGCCUCGUCUACGACUUGGCAAGGGAGGUGCAGAGCAGGGGCAACUUACCGGGCACGUUCAGCCCCAUGGGCAGCAGCAGCAGCCUCCUGGCCUUCACGGAGGUGCCGCAUGGCCUCACAGCCGUCUCCCCCCUGCCCACUGGAGCCAACAUCGGCAGCCGGCAGCCCCCCAGGACCCUGCUGAAGAUCCCAGCCGUUGACACCACCAUCACCAAGAGCACCCCUGCCCUGCAGCAGAUAUGUGAGGAGGAAGAGGAGGAGGAUGAGGAGGAUGAGGGGAGGCCUAGUGCCAUGGAGAGGAAGAGCAGCUCACUGAACCAGGAGCAGAUGCGAGCCUUCCUGUGCACUCACCACCCAUCUAGCUGUGGGGAGCUCUGGGGCCCUGGGGCAGAGCUGGGGGGCUGGGGCUGGGCUGGGAAGGCAGUGAGGGGGGGUUGGGAUCCCCCAGCACUGUGGGGAGAUGGAGCAGAGCCCCCCAAGAGGAAGGAGGAUGCAGACCCCAGGGGUUCCUCUGCAGAGCCCCCCUGGGAAAGGGGAGCCACUGGAUCCCCCCAGAGCAGCUCUGCUGAGGUGCCCCAGGGGCUGGGGGCAGAAGUGACCCACAGCGCCCUACCGAGCCCCACGGACAAGUCCGAAGGGCAGGAGGCACCCGGCAGCCUGGCUGAGAGGUCGGUGGAGAGCUCGGGGCUGGGGAGCGUCGAGGGAGGCGUGGAGAACGCGAUCAAGCUGGACCCUGGCAAGAGCAAAGGGGGCAGCCUGCGGGACAGGCUCCUGCAGUUCCCGCUCUGUGAGAAGGCGCUGGCCUUCAGACUCCAGCCGGGCUCCAGGGAGACCCUGCUCUCACUGGGGCAGUUCAACUGCUGCCACGUCAUUUAGACCCUGCAUGAGGGCUCAGGAGGGUACCCCCCCCCCCUUGCUUGUGCUCUGCCCCUGACCCAC